CAGUCCCUCCCUCUCCGUUCCGUUUUUCAUUCGGUCGGUCGUUUCACAUCACCUGUCGAAAAAUCCUUGGCGCCUAUUAUAACCGGCUUUCAUCAUUUUCAUAUUUUUAAUUUCAAAGGGACACCACAUUCUUUACCUUCUCGUAUUAUAAAAAUGGCUACAGACAGCGUCAAUAUAACUGAAGACGCUGAAAUGGCGGAAUGUGAUGGAGAUAAAGUUGUGACGAUGAUGGAUGUAUUGCAAGAACAACAGGAUUUCGAAGAAGAUGCCAACGCUGUGCUUGGAGCUUCCGAUGAUAAAAACUGCACUUAUUCCAAGGGUUACAUCAAAAGACAAGCCCUGUAUGCCUGCCUCACAUGCUGCACUGAAGCUAAAACAGACCCCACAAAGAGAGCUGGUGUGUGCCUUGCUUGCAGCUUGAAUUGCCAUGAAAACCAUGAACUCAUUGAGCUCUACACCAAAAGAAACUUUAAAUGUGAUUGCGGAAACCCCAAGUUUAACUCCCACCCUUGCCAAUUUACUUCUGACAAAACUGAUCUUAAUGAAGAAAACAUUUACAACCAGAACUUUAGUGGACUCUACUGCACUUGCCAGCGGCCUUACCCGGACCCUGAGGCAACCACUGAAGAUGACAUGAUCCAGUGUAUUAUCUGUGAGGACUGGCUCCAUUCUGAACAUCUAGAAACUGUUGUCCCUGCCAAUGACCAAUACUCUGAAAUGAUUUGUAAAAGUUGCAUGGAGAAGAAUGAGUUCCUACAUGAUUACAGUUCAUUUGCAGUUAAUGUAGAGACUGCAGAUGUGGAUAUUUUAACUGUGAAUGGUGAUGCUAAAUCUACUGACAAUAAUAGCCUUUGUAAUGGUGACAAUGCUGAUAAAACUGAAACUCAAAUUAGUAAUGUUACUACCACAAAUGGAGACACUGAAAGUAUUACUGAAACUAAACAGGAUAAUUUAGGUAAUGUUGAAUCUACAGAAACAACAGAUGAAAAGACUGAUAAUGUAAAUGAACCUGAUAAAAUGGAUGUUGAAAAAAGUGAAGAAGAUGCACAAAAAAUUGAAUCCACUGAAGCAGUUGUGAAAGAUGACUCUUUGAAGGAACAGCCUAACAGUAAGCUAGAAGAAGAAAAAACUGAAUCUGGUUUAAGUGAUGAAACAACCAAGGAACAGGCAGAAACUGAAGAAAAAGAUCAAAGUAAGGAUGAUCAGGAUAAAACAGAGCAACAACUUUUAGAUGAUCUCAGUUCACUAACUGACGCCAAUCCAACAGUAGAACAAGAAAAGGAAACUACAGAAAAUAAAUGUGAUGGUAAUGCGGAGCAAUCUGAAGACAGCAAGGAAACUAAACCUGAAGAGCUGCCCAAAGAAAAUGAAGGUAAUACAGUUGAUGAAAGUGAAGUUGAAGUCCCUGAUACAUCACAAUCUGAACAAGAUACUAAAGAAAAAACGAAUGAUGACAAGGAUGUUUCUGAGACAAUGAAAACUGAAGAUAUAACUGAACCCAGUGAUAAAACUAGUCCUAACAAUGAAAUAGAUGACAUCACAAUUAAAGAUGAUUCUGCCAAUGAUACUAAAAUUAAUUCAGAUGAUAAAACAUCUGAUAACAUUGACGAAAAUGGUACUACUAGUAAAACUGAAUUGAAUGGAAGUGAUGAUAAAGUUGACAAAGAAUCUCCAGCUGAUAUUAGUGAGAAUUCUGAAGAAAAAAUUGGGGAAGACAAAGAUAGUAAUAUGGAAACUGUGGACAACAAUGAAAAUGAUAACAAAAAUGAAGAAAAUACUAAGGAACAUAAACGGAAACUAAGCACAGAUUUGACAAGUGUUUCACCGAAAAAAGCUAAAUUGGAAUGCAUGAGACCCAAGGGUGUGAAAAAGAUUCACAAGGGUGCUACAUUCUGGCCUUCUAACUUCCGCCAAAAGUUGUGUACCUGUAAUGAAUGUCUGUCUAUGUACAAAGACCUAAAAGUACUGUUUCUUACUGACUUGGAGGACACUGUUUUCGCAUAUGAAAGUUUGGGUAAGGAGAAAGCAGCAGGAGGAGCCUCACAGUAUGAGAAAGGUCUGGAAGCAUUGUCAUCAUUAGACAGAAUACAACAAAUUAAUGCCCUCACAGAGUACAAUAACAUGAGAGACAAGUUGCUUGACUUCCUCAAGAGUUUCAAAGACAGGAAGGAAAUUGUAAAGGAGGAAGACAUUAAGGCAUUCUUCGCCGGAAUGAAACCGCGACGUGAACCUGACGGCGUUUACUUCUGCAGAUAAAAUUAGUGUUAAGGAUUAUUUUGUAUGUUUUUAAUUUGUGAUUCUGUGACCGCAUUCCUCUUUAGUAAUGUUAUGCGAGAUUGAUGGUUAUUGAAUUCUCAAUAUAUUCAAUUUUGUGAUAA